CGGCCUCCUCUCUCUGAAGUCAGAAGGUUAGUGAGCGUCUAGGAUGGAAGGCUGGACUGUAAGUAUACUGCUGCUGUGUGUAGCCCUGAUGGAGCGAGGGUCCAACGCUCAGAACUGUGGAGAGGCCCCUCUGAACACCAGAGUAGUGGGCGGUACAAACUCGUCGGCCGGCUCGUGGCCCUGGCAGGUCAGCAUACACCUGCAGGGCUCUCACAUCUGUGGAGGGACCAUCAUCAGCGCCGAGUGGGUUCUCACAGCAGCCCACUGCAUUUUGACAAAUGAACUUAGUCCAUGGACUCUCUACUUCGGAAGAGAAACUCAGGCUGGCCCUAAUCCCAAUGAGGUGUCGCGCUCUGUGGUCCAGAUCACAAUGCAUCCUAACUACAAUGACACGCUCUACAACAACGACAUCGCCCUAAUGAAGGUCAACAGCGCCAUCAAUUUCACUAACUUUAUCAGACCUAUCUGCCUAGCAAGUAACACCAGUCAGUUCUUCAACGCUACUCUCUGCUGGGCCACCGGCUGGGGAAACCUGGCCAAGGACGAGCCUUUGCCAGCUUCUUCAGCGCUGCAGGAGGUUCAGGUUCCUAUCAUUGGAUUAAAGCAGUGCACCUGCAAUUACAUGCCAAGUCCAAAUGCAGUUAUCACUGACCUGAUGAUCUGCGCCGGGCAAGAAAACAAAGGAGUAUGCCAGGGGGACUCUGGGGGACCUUUGCAGUGUAAACAAGGCUCUUCAUGGGUCCAGGCCGGCCUUGCCAGUUUUGGAGUACCUUGUGCCCUGGCUGGCUUCCCUGAAGUUUUCACCCGUGUGUCUGAAUUCCAGUCGUGGAUCAUGGAUCAAGUGGCAGGAGCGAAUGUUAGCUUUGUCACGUUCGCUUCUAAUGGCACUGACCCGGACAACAGCUUUGUGUGCAGAAACACAGACUCUGGAAGUUCAAACAAGGUUGCUAUUGAGCUUGCAUUUGUUGGAGUCUUAGUGACAGCGUUGCUGCAUCACAUUUGAGCUCCAUAGAGCUUCUCCUUUUCUGCUCUGUUUGCCUUUUGAUUCAUUUUUAAGGGCUAAUACACAAUGAUGAGUGUAGGUGAGUUUAUAUGAUGAAAGAAUCACCUCAUUUUAGCUUUGUCUUUGAAAAUUUGCACUGCACUCAAUGCAAAUUUUGUUUAAUUAUCUUUGCAGGAAAUAAGUAUUUUGAAAGUUAAAGGUGUUUAUUACUAGCUGCACAGCAAUGCAUUUUUAUGCAAACAACAAAUAAUCAAACAAAUAAUUUACUAAAUAAAAUUUACAGAUUUAGCUAAAUAGAAAUGGUGCUACUUGGCAGUGUAUACAGUGAUGGAAGAAAUAUACAGAUUCUUCAUAGAAACACAAGUUCUAAAUUUCACUAACUUGAAGAGCAUUUCACUAGCAGCAUUCUGCUCGCUUUUAGUAAAUUAACGGAGACACUGUGCUUGUGAUUUUCUGUUAUUUAUAUGUGAUCUGCAAAUAAAAAAACAACAUGUAUUAUAUGCA